GGGCGAGAGUACACUGUGUUUGUGUGCGGCUGUGCGUCGCUCGCUGCGUGGGGGGAACUCGCCUGAUGUCAUUUGGUCGAGAGGCUGAUGUAGCAGUGAGCACACCAAGCAAAACAAUAAUACUGCUUUAUAAACGGCAGAAGGAUUAUAAAAGAGUUUUGGAUUGUAAACAGUGGUAUGGUUGUCGCGGCCUGAGGUCGGGAUGAGGAGCUGAGCCGCUGUUUAGCAGAGACUCAAGGACCAGAUGCUUUUCCAGCAGCGAAAGGAAGUGGACUCGCACACAAAAGACAUGGUGAUGGGAGCUUGUUUUCCAGACGGAUAACGCACUUGUUAGACCGUAAGGAUUGGGCGCAGAAAGGUGCGGGCUGUUGGGUUUGUUUGCGCCACGGCUCGUUUGUCAGAGAUGUGGCGCUGUCUUUGGGCCGCAGUUGGGCCAUGUAGCUCUCCGCUAGCCGCCGCAGCUACGCCUGAUGCUGGCGCAGCCGCUGCCCGUGGAGAGCACAUCUAAAGGACAAAACAAACGCUCUGGGGCCUUGGUGCGUUGAGAAUCUUUUAUUUCCCACUGGACUGCGAAGAGCAACUGAGAUGUGAUGUUUUGGGUGUUUCUUUUGGGCCCUUUAUAUUUGGGGGCUCCCGACCCGGACUUGACGCAAAGAAGCUAGUGUUGCUGCAAAAUGCACAGCAGAGACCCAGCAGCAGGCGCUUGUUAAAGGGGGCGAGGUUGAACUGAUAGCACCCGGCCUGCGUCCCCAAGCUCCGAGGUUAACUUUGGACUACCAUUACCUCACGUAUCUGCCUCAUUUACCCCCCAUCAUUCGGCGAUAUGGAUAAACUCACGAUCAUUUCAGGGUGCCUGUUUCUGGCUGCAGAUAUCUUUGCAAUUGCCAGCAUCGCAAACCCAGACUGGAUCAACACGGGUGAAUCAGCAGGUGCUCUGACAGUGGGUUUGGUCCGGCAGUGUCAGACCAUUCACGGGCGUGACCGCACCUGCAUCCCCCCACGGCUGCCUCCUGAGUGGGUCACCACGCUCUUCUUCAUCAUCAUGGGCAUCAUCUCCCUCACCGUCACAUGUGGGCUACUGGUGGCAUCACACUGGCGCAGAGAGGCUACCAAAUACGCUCGCUGGAUCGCCUUCACUGGAAUGAUCCUGUUCUGCAUGGCAGCACUCAUCUUCCCUAUAGGUUUCUAUAUAAAUGAAGUUGGAGGUCAGCCAUACAAACUGCCUAACAACACUGUGGUGGGCUCUUCGUAUGUGCUUUUCGUCCUGUCCAUCUUCUUCACCAUAGUGGGACUGCUGUUUGCAGGCAAGGUGUGCCUCCCAGGCUGAGGACUGCCGCACCUGCCUCGAACUGAACCAAGGGGCUGUGAAUACUUCAUGGAAUUUAUGAAACGCAAUCCAAAUGGAAAACAAGAACUCUGACCUGAACCGGAAACAGGGAAAUGAUGUGUGAAAGAAACACCAUGAAGUGUCUCCGUAGAGAAAACUAAAUGAACAAGCGCUAAUGAGACAUGGGCACUAACAUGGGGGGUCGCUGAGGCUCGCCCACCCUGCCACUGUUGAUCUUAAAUAUGGCGUCUCUGCUGUUCUUUUGGAGAGGGUGCCUAAUGUGCCGCUGUCAUGACAACCAUGGCCACAGUGCUGACGCGUGUUUGUAAAAGAGCGCUCUAGCCCCACCCCUCUCUGACCCCAGCCUCGCCUCUCUCUGACUCCUGGUUGCCUGAGCACAUUUUGGCUCUGUCACGAUCACUCCUGUUGCUAUUUUUGGUUUCUCUGAGCUAUUACUGUGUGUUUUUUCUGUGUUUUUUACAUUUUGUGUUGAUGCUUUUCAUCCCUUGCAUUUUCACUGAAGUAGUUGAGGUUCCCUGAGCAGGAGCCCUCAAGAGAAGGGCCAAAGGGGAUUCAGGGUGGGGGGUGUUCUGUCUUGGGCUCCAUGUGUGAAGCUGGUGGAGUACUGCCUCUCUCUGAGCCCAGGCAGCAGAGGGGACCAAGGACCGCAAAGGAGGAUACCACUAAACACAGGACCAAUGUUGACUGCUGUUACCUUACUACAAUAAAGUAUUAAAAUGUAAAAAAAAAAAAAAAAAACACACUUCAUGUCUUCAACUGUGAAAAUAAAUACAGCGCAACCUUUGAAUGUUAUUUGACUUCAUAGAGUAAAUCCUAACCUACACAGUGUUUUCUUAAAGGUGCUGAAGUACUGUGGCUGUGUUAGUGGUAUCCUCUUUCACCCUUGAAUAAACAGUAUGAGUGAUGGUGAGUAUUUGAAGGGAGUAUUUGAGUGGUGUUUUGUAUCAGUGAAGGCACUGGGACUGCAGGUCAGGUCCAUGGGGCUGUGCCUCUGAAGCUUUGGAGACGUUUAACACAGUCACUCUAGCUCUGCUUUGUCAAAA